CCUCACUAAUCUCCUAACUUUCACUUACUUACGCCUCCUUAAACAUCCUCAUACUUUGCCUCAAUGAAGAAAUGAUCCGAGAAAAGAAAGCAUUUCAUGGACAUUCCUCUGGAAGAUAGUGAUGAAUGGUGCGCCCUUCUUAUUCUUUUAGCUAAUCUACUAGCUUACCUGCUGGUUCUAGGUUUCGUAAUAGUAGUGAUUUUUUUGGUGCUGAAGAUUUCGGCCCAUUUCAUUGAUUUACCAUCGGGAGAAGGAGAGGAUGACGACGAGGCAACCGAGACCGACCCAUUGCUGCUGCAGCAGAAAACGGCGUCGUUGUUUGCGUACGGAACUUAUGUGGCGGCGGGGGCGAGCUGCAGCCGGUCGAAUGAGGUGGAUGAUGAUGAUGGGCCGCAAAACGACGUCAGAUUAUGCGUGAUAUGUUACGACGAGGAACAGAAUUCGUUCUUCGUGCCGUGUGGCCACUCUGCAACUUGCCUUGUUUGUGCCCGCAGGAUCUAUAAUGAGGAAAACAAGGUUUGUCCCGUAUGUAGAAGAGUAAUUGGCAGAGUCAGGAAACUGUGACGAAUGAGGAAACUAUUUUUUUCUGUUGCAUGCAUUUAUCUGUAAUCAUGGUAGUAAACAGUUUGUUUUUAGUUCUCUAGCUCGCUUGCCUGGGAAUUUGGCGGAUGUACCUAACUGAUUUCUCUGAAGGUAAUUGUCAAAUUGCUCAAAAUUGGUUAGGUUAGAGGAUUUACCACAAUUGCUCAAAAUUUGUUAAUUAGGUUAUAGAGUUUAUAUCCACUCACCCAUCUCACGUCUCUCAACUCAACUUUCUCUACAUUCCUCCCUCCGCUAAGGUUCGGUACCAUAACCCAAAGUUGAGUAUGAUUAACUAAAUUCUAGACUUUGAU